AUGAUCAAAGAGCUGCCACUAUCGACAGUCCGGUUCGUAGCAUUGUGGGUAGAAACCCUAUUCUACGGGAUAUACACCGUCCUCUUUUGCCAUUGUAUCUACAUUCUUCUGUACAGAGGGAGGAAGUCGGGUGGAGGGGCGAACAAAACCCUUUUAAUUUCCGCCGUCGCUCUUUUUACGCUUGCGACGGGUCUCAUCAUUGCUGAUUUCGCUAGAGCUUACGCUGCCUUUAUUCUACACGGUGAUACACCUGAAGGACCGACGGAGUACUUUGAGGAGUUUUGGAUCUGGAGCAAUCUUGUUAGGGAGAGUUUCUUCGCUCUCGUUAUUGCGGUAUCCGAUGCUGUCUUGAUUUAUCGACUCUAUGUUGUGUGGAGCUUUAAGAAGUACAUCCUCAUUCUACCAGUCAUUCUCUGGUUUGCUUCCACCGCGCUCUCUUGUCUCGCCGUUUAUGGCCAGAGUACAACCGACCCGGGAGCCGUGUUGCAAAACUUUGACAUCUACGCUUAUGGGAUGGCGUCCUUCUCCCUCACUUGUGCUACUAACAUCACUGUAACUGGUCUUAUCGCUGGACGACUUUGGUACUACGGCCGUCGAACCUCGCAGGUUCUUGGUCGUAGUUAUCGACAGAGAUAUUAUACGGCCAUCAUCAUCAUCAUCGAAUCGGGGAUAACGUCGGCGCUCACGACGUUCCUAAUAUUGAUAUUCUAUCGAACGACGUUAACGAGUGCGGACUUUAUUUAUUUCCCUGCUUGCCAAAUCUUAGCAAUGGUCCCAACGUUGAUCAUCGUUCGAGUGGGUCUCGGAUUCUCAACUGAGAAAUCUACCAACAAUUCGAAUUCGACGAGCAAGUAUUCGAACGGAAGCCAGGCCAAUCGCCAGGGGAGCAAUGGACGUUCUGAAACUACGAUUGCUAUGAGUCUUCAGAGAGCUAAGGUUUCUAGGCAAACGGAGUCUGAUUUUCUUGAGGAGGAGGAUGUUGUUCCGAAGGCUCAUCUCGGUUCCAUGGGUGGAGAUGUGAGGGAUUCGGAGGAUGAUACACGGGGGUACCAUGCUGCUUGA